CUCGGGCCCCGCCUCGAGGUCACGUGGGGGCGGGGAGCGAGAGCGAGCGCUGGACAAGCGGGUGAAGGUAAACGGCGGCGGCGGCGGCCGGUGAGGUUUGUUGUCGGACCCCGAGUGCAGUCGGAGAGAGAUCAAGUGCUGCUUUUUCCUUCCUCCCUGGUUGGAAUGCGAUGGCAAUGAAAACGCCGGCGGAACCGAGCUGCGCCAGCUUGGUGAAGCGAGAUCAGUCAUCCUAAACCUUUGCACGUGAUCUUUGAGCCUUGUCUACAGAUCAUCCUGAGAAAUUUGCAAACAUUGCAACCGCUGGGAUGUUGCGACAGACUGUUGGAAGUAACAAACGUGGUUUGGGUUUCUCCCGACUCUCCAGUUCAAAUUUCUUUGCAUUGCCCACCUCUGGAAACUGGAGUAUGGGCCGAAGUGUCAAAAGUGGUUCUGUCAGCAGCAUCAGCUCUAACUCAGACUGUUAUGACAAUCCAGUUGUGGAUCCAGAAUACAUAAUGCAGUUGGUGAAUGAUGUCAGGAAGUUUGCAGAUGUUCUGGAGCAUUUGAAAGAAGCCUUUCUUUCAGAAGAAAAUGUAAGUUUGCAUCAGUUAGCCCAUGAACGUCUCGGAGAGCUGUUAAGGGUUUUAAAGCUGGUGAUUAGCAAACAUCAGUCAUUGAAUUCGGUGGACAUUCUAAGUGCCACAGGGACAGUGAUUUCUAAAGUAAAAGGUGCCAACUACAAUGAAGUAAAUGAAGAGAAAAGAGAGCAUUUCAGUGAAAUAUUUGCUUCCAUUGACACAUUGGCAUUCACAUUUGGUAAUGUCAUUUCAGACUUUCUUAUGGGAGACGUGGACUAUAGUUCAUCUGUGGGACUCCCAAUCAGUGGAAGAAGCCGCUCCUACGAAAACCUAUUCGUGGGAUCAGGAGGAUCAGUUCGGGAAAAGAAUGACUUGCAAGGGGCUCUCCGAGCAAAGGAGGUUGAUAAUAUGCUACUUAAAAAUGACAGCGGGAUAGAGUCAGCUUUAAUGUAUGCAAAAAAUUGGUCGAGAUAUACCAAAGAUAUUCUGGCCUGGUUGGAAAAGCGGCUUAGUCUAGAUACAGAAUAUGCAAGAAGUUUUUCAAAAUUGGCAGAGUCAGCUAAGAUGUGUAUCGGCCAACAGGUGCACAUGCCAUUUCAGACAGUGUAUAUGUCUGCUUUUGAAUAUGAUAUGGAGUACUGUCAGGCACUUCUUCAAACUGGAGCAGGUCUCCAGUCAAAUAAAUUCAUUCAGCCUCUUCUGCUGCGAAGAAAUGAGCUUGACAAGCAACGUAAAGAAAUUAAAGAACAGUGGCAAAGGGAGCAAAGAAAAAUGCAUGAGGCAGAAACAACCCACAGAAAAGCAAAUUUGUUGUACAUUCAACGCCAAGAAGAAUAUGAGAAAGCAAAAUCAUCUACAAUUCGAGCAGAGGAAGAACGUGUAACUUCAAGUAAUGGACAAACUGGAACUUUCAACAAGCACCUUGAGAAAAAAAGAAAACUGGAAGAAGAUGCUUCACAAAAAGCAGAAGAAGCUGGAGAGAAUUUCAAAGCCUCGAUAUCGGAUGCCAAUGAAAAAAGAAACAACAUGGAAAGCAUCAAAAGUGAAAUACUGACGCAACUACGCGAACUUGUCUACCAGUGUGAUCUCACCUUAAAAUCAGUGACGGUCAACCUGUUUCAGAUGCAGCAUGCUCAAGUAGUCUCCCUUCCUGUUAAUUAUCAAUCUCUUUGUGAAAAUACCAAGUUAUACGAGCCAGGACAACAGUAUUCAGAAUUUGUCAAAAGUUUACCAAAGGAGGAAAUUUCGAUGGAGCCAUACUUUUUGCCAUUUUCUGUUUCACCCAGUGGAGGGCUUCCAGUUACAAAAAAAGCAACAAGUAGUCCUCAUUCUUCACAAGGAAAUUUGUCGCAGACCUCUGGUAUUUCUGUUGAUAUUCUGCCUCAGUCACCUGAUGUGGAAAGUCCCCUUCUUAUCAAGUCCAAUAACAUGGAAGAGAAGCAAUUAAAUAGCAGCAUUGACUUUCAAGCCCAGAGUCAUGGGCCAUUUAGAGCUUGGCCCUCAGGAGCCCAGGGGAGUGGUAUGUGCAGUGAUUCGGAAAGUGGAGGAGGAAGCAGUGAGUCGAGAUCCAUGGAUUCUCCUUCUGCUAGCCCUGGUGAUUUCAAGAGAAGGCUGCCCCGUACACCUUCAACAGGCACUAUGUCUUCAGCAGAUGACUUGGAUGAAAGAGAACCACCAUCUUUAUCAGACAAUGGUCUAAGUGAGAUUGUGGUGGAGAUGACGAAUUCUCCGGGGCCUUUCCGCAAUACUGUAAUGUCAAAGGCAGCACAUACACACAAACUGAGAAAACUACGAGCUCCGUCAAAGUGUCGAGAAUGUGACAGCCUUGUGGUGUUUCAGGGCGCUGAAUGUGAGGAGUGUACUUUGGCAUGCCACAAAAAGUGCCUUGAGACUCUAGCUAUUCAGUGUGGCCAUAAAAAACUUCAUGGUCGAUUGCAUCUUUUUGGCGUGGACUUCAUUCAAACUGCAAAAGAUUGUUAUGAUGGAAUUCCCUUCAUUAUUAAAAAAUGCAUUUCUGAGAUUGAAAACCGAGCUUUAAGCAUUAAGGGUAUUUAUCGGGUAAAUGGAGCAAAAUCAAGAGUUGAAAAGCUAUGCCAAGCUUUUGAAAAUGGAAAGGAUUUAGUGGAACUCUCAGAUUUGUAUCCCCAUGAUAUUAGCAAUGUGUUAAAACUAUUCCUUCGUCAGCUUCCAGAACCAUUGAUGUUAUUUCGUCUUUAUAAUGAAUUUAUUGGCUUGGCCAAGGAAUGCCAUAAUGUUACCCUUGAAGAUGAUGGUAAACGAAAACAUCUGUCAGCAUCUAAGUGGUCAACCAGUAUAGGAAAAAGCCAACUUCUUUCUAAGGUCAAAGAUCUACUUGGUCAGUUGCCGCAAGCAAAUUACAACACUGUGCGUUACCUCAUAAGCCAUCUUCGUAGGGUAGCAGAUAAAGAGGAAGAAAAUAAAAUGUCACCAAGCAACCUUGGAAUAAUAUUUGGGCCCACUCUCAUUCGACCAAGACAAACAGAUGCAACUGCGUCAUUAUCUUCUCUUGUUGAUUAUCCACAUCAGGCUCAAAUGGUAGAACUCCUUAUAAACUAUUAUGAAAAUAUAUUUGUUUUUGCACUGUCGCCAUCAUCUUCACAAACUGGAAAGGUAUUAUUCGAUGAAAAAGACAAGGUUACUCCUUUGCCUCAGGAGGAAGGCGUCACAAAACACAAAGGACAUCCAAAAGCUAACAAAGAGCAGUGCUUUCGUUUGUCUGGAAAUGAAAAGACAUCUUCCAGUAAGACUGCAAGUGAAGGAAAGGAUCCAAAAUGUAACAAAAACACCAAUGAAUCAGGCCCAGAUAUGUUUUUCGACUCGAAUGAAUUGCCAACUACACAAGCUUCUGAAGUCCAUAAGACCAAGUUGUCAUCUGUGGAAAAAGCUGGUCAGCAGCUUGUCAAAGUUAACAUGCGGCCUCCGAGGCCAAAGCUAGUUAUUUCAAGACCUGCUAGCUUGCCUAUUCCUGAAAUGAUUUAUUUGAACGACAAAAGUUUGAAAGGGCGUAGCAAAACGGACAGUGAAAGUUGUACUAUUAUUGAAGAAGCUCCAGAGAUGCAAAUUCCAUCUCGAUCACCUCCGUGCUGCAGACAUUCGUACUAUGAUACCCAGUCUCUGCGUAGAACUUGGGACAAGCAGUAUAAAUGUUACGAUAUAACUCAAAAAACUGCCAUGAUUGUGGCAAAUAUUGCGCCAGAAAACAAAACCAUUGACAAUUCUUUCUCUCCACCUUUUGCUCAUGGCUCUGGCAAUAACUUUACAGGUGGCUUGCUUCCCAAUAAACCAAACACAUCGACGGUUAAACAAGUAAAGACCACUAAUUUUGAUUGGAACUCUUUAGAUUCUACAGCCCCUUAUGCAUUUCGACCACCACGAACCUUGCAACCUCCACCUGGCACUUUUUACAAACCACCCUCUAAUGCACUCAGACAUGCAGGCGGUUCGUUGCUCAAACCGGUUGUAGUAUUAGCUGAUAGCUCGGAUUCUGCACAAGGUGGCAAUGGAGCAAUUAAUCCUGUAGAGGAUAAUGAGAAUAAUGGAGCAGGAGAAUUGGAAAGUUCUGCAGCCAAAGAAGCUCAAGGUGAACGUAAACUGGCAUUUCAAAGACUGCGAUCAAAACGAAUUCCGCCUGACUAUGAAUACCGAGAAGCACAUUUUGUUUAAUUGACAAUUAAAUGAACUCUUGAAGUGUUAAUCUGCCAAUGUACUUUUUAAUAUUUUAAAAUGUUUUAUUUUGCACCGUGAGAAGCCAUAACACAAUCUGGAAUAAAUCUUUGACGGGUAACAUAUCCAUGAAUUUAAAUUCAAUUUUCUCAUUCGACACAUCAAAGUGAAGUGUUGCAUUCUUAUAUUUCUGAAAGUUUUUCAGCUUCCUGAUAAAGGCUGGAGUUAAUGUUGAGUUUUAAAUGCGUUGAUUUUAAAAUCCUAUGGUAGCAUGCAACUCGUAUCUUGUCCCAGAAGAAAAAGAGAAAAUUGCUAAAUAUGCAGCACAGAGUAAAUUUAUUUUGUGGCAAUAGUAAUAUGUUAAUACGUAGAUUUUAUUUUGCAGUUAUCCAAAGUUUUACAAACUUUAUAUCCUCAACUGCCAUUCUUAAUUGUGCAAUCAGAGCUUACUAUGCGUCUUAAAAGCUGCACGGCAUGCCAGACCCCUUUUUCUUUAAUGUGCAAAACCCCUCAAAUAUAUCCAUAUUAAUUGUUUGUAUAUUUAAGCCAAGGUGUGUAACUUGUCAUAUUUUUUAUUGGUGCAUAUAAUAUGGUCCAUGAUCAAGUAAUAUGGUCAUUAGGGGUUCUGUCUUAAAAUGUGAAAUACUUUUGUAAUUUUUGCAUCCGUUUUAUUUAUAUUUUUAUUUUUUUUGCAUGUAUGCCUUGUUUACAUUAGUUUGUUCACAAAACACUAAGCUAUGCUUCUUGAAGCAAAUGUAUUAAUUAUAUAAAAUGCCAUAAGUUACAAGAAAUGCCUUAACCUUUGGAAAGUGGCCUUAUGUAAUUUAUUAAAAUUUAGUUUUUAUGUAUUUUAUAAAUGAUGAAUUUAUGUAAACUAAUUGGCCAUCAAUCUGCAUAAGAUCAAUUAUGAUUUUUUUUGUACUUGUAAUGCUUCUGGGAGGGUUACAUUAGCCGUAGGAAAUUUGACAGGUGAAAACUGGCAAUAUUUUUCAUCAGUGUUUUAAACGGAUACUUCAAGAAUGCCAGAGUUUUUCUGCUUUAUAGACAAUAGGUGCAGGAGUAGACCCUUCGAGCCAGCACCGCCAUUCAACGUGAUCUUGGCUGAUCAUCCACAAUCAAUACCCCCCCCCGUUCCUGCCUUCACCCCAUAUCCCUUGACUCCGCUAUCUUUAAGAGCUCUAUCUAACUCUCUCUUGAAAGCAUCCAGAGAACUGCCCUCUGAGGCAGAGAAUUCCACAACUCUCUGUGUGAAAAAGUAUUUCCUCAUCUGUUCUAAAUGGCUUACCCCUUAUUAUUAAACUGGCCCAUGGUUCUGGACUCCCCCAACAUCGGGAACAUGUUUCCUGCCUCUAGCGUGUCCAAACCCUUAAUCUUAUAUGUUUCAAUAAGAUUUCCUCUCAUCAUGCUAAAUUCCAGAGUAUACAAACCCAGCCGCUCCAUUCUAUCAACAUAUGACA